AUGAUUGGGGAAAAAUACACACAUAUUAUGGACUCAUGGCAAGUCUGUAGGAUACUUGAAGAGCUCCCGAGAGACAUUGAAAUAGAUUCAAAGAAUUUCGAAGUUUUCAGAGCUAUCGAUAUCCCAAAAAAACUGCUUAGCACACUCAAAACCGGUAACAAAAGGUGCACAUGUAUUUGCAAAAGCGAUAAAGGAGAGUACCACUUGUUAGAAACAUAUGGCGUCAACUAUUGGAUCAGUUGGCCCUUGAAUGCUUUACAAAGUAGCAAAUUUUUAUUAGAUUAUCCUGAAAAGAUUGAGCAACAGGAUCAAGAAACACCAAAAGAUUGGAGUAAAUUGCAGUUCAGAGAUUUACUACAUGUAUGGAAGGAAGGGAAGAGCAUGUGCAAUAUCAGCUCAUCUUUAGAGUUGGAUAUGAAGGUACCAAAUAUGGAAAGCGGUAGUCGAACUGAUAGUAUGCGUGUGGAGCCCGAUAGCUAUCUGGAAGCUAAGUAUUACGAAUCUCUCUUCUUCAUACAGAUUCCUUUGGCAUACUUUGUGAAAUCAAACAUAAGUAGAUUUAAGAACAUUUGCAAGAGCACGUACAGAAGCAAUACUGAUAUAGUGUAUCAGAGUAUACUUGCAAAAUAUCUUCUCCGGGUCAAAGAAUUUGAUCGACGGCAUGAGGGCUCUGGUGUUUUAAAAAGUGAUUUAGGAAGUCAAGUUUCAUGCGAGAAGCGCGAUGCUCUUUUGGCCAAAUACCAUGCUGUGGGGAAAGAGCAGCUCCAGAACAGAUUAUCUAGCAUACUAAAAAUUCGUGAAAUCAAACUGCAAAUAGUUCUACUUUUGGAAAUCAUAGCCAUUAAUAAUCUAGAUAGUAAUUUCAUUGAUUACGAACAUAGAUAUGGCAAAAGGUUGAAGCUAAGAUCGAUUAACAUAGCCAAAAAAAUGACCAAGUCUAAAAGGAAGAUUCAAUCGCCAGUCACUAAGAAGAGGAAAGAACCUAUUUUGGAUUUUUGUGAGCAGCUUGACCUUUAUUUGGAUAAACUGUGUAUCCAGGAUAUUAUAUUGGCAAGUGAACCAGCGAAGCCUGUCACAGAAGAUGAUUUGAUUGAAGAAGCCAAAAAAAAUUUGCUAAAUAAACACAAAGAGAGCUCUUCCACAGGCUUUGCCAACUUUGUUUUAAUACCAUAUUAUGAUAAGAAAGCACCGAAUGCGGUUCGCUUCAUAAUCAGAAAACUCAAGGGACCCAAUUUACGAAGCAAGAGACUACGAGACAAUAAGAUCGCCUCAAAACUUUCAUCAAUAGAAAUAGCAGAAGCAGCAGAAAUGGCUGCAUCUCCGCAAGGGUCAUCUAAGAUGAGUUCCACGCCUUCAUCACCUCGUAUUCUAGGCUCAUCUGCUUUUUCCAGACAUGUACCUUCCAAUACGCUUGUACCAGAAUUACUAGCUUCAAGGAGCAAUUCACUUGUUAACACGUUUUUUGAGGGUGGAAAUAGUACUUUGCAGAAACCUUCCUUUAUUUCACGCACUACUUCUGAUCUCACAAUGAAUCACCUUCAGAAGAGACAGCUUCCACUUACGGAUUUUUCUUCUCAGAAUUUGGCAGUGAAAGGCUCCAACGAAUUUACGUCUACCCGAUCCUUUCUUUCUUCCACUUUUCAUAAAUUACCAGUCGCGCAAACUUCAUUUCGAAGAGUUGGAAGACGUAAAGACAUUAAUUCAAGCAUACCCCCAGAAAACGUGCUAAAAAAUCAGGAAAGAGAUCUUGUGCAAGUCGAGAGUACGCCGUUAGCAAAAUCAAAGAAGGCGUUACCGGAAAAAAAGGCACAUCUGUUAAAUAUUGUUGAGUCUCCAGUCAAUGCUACCAAUGAUUCCCCUGUUGGCAGGGAUAUCGACACUAAUAAAGGAGAAUGUACUGACUCUGGCGAGAAUACGACACACAAAAGAAACAUUAAACGGAGACUUUUCGCACCUUAG